AUGGCUGAUGACCAUGCAUCUAAAGCAAUUUCAGCGUAUGGAGCCAAUAUCAACCAUACGCCGAACCUCGAUCGUCUGGCUAAAGAAGGAAUAUUGCUGAAUCAUUGCUAUGUGACUAAUUCAAUCUGCACUCCGUCAAGAGCCGCCAUUCUAACCGGCACUUACAACCACGUCAACGGUGUCGUGACCCUCGACAGCAAAAUCAACAAGAAUACGCCCAACGUGGCAAAGCACCUUCGGGUUGCCGGAUAUGACACGGCCAUGGUCGGAAAAUGGCAUCUGGGCGAAGGCGAGACGUGUCAGCCCAGUGGAUUCGACUAUUGGAGUGUGCUGCCCGGACAGGGUGACUACUGGGAUCCAACUUUCAUCGAUAUGGAUGGACAUGAGCGCGUGACCGAAGGCUAUGCGACGGAUAUAAUCACAGAUAAAUCCCUGGCGUGGCUGAACGAAAGACCGCGCGAUAAGCCAUGGUUUCUUAUGUGUCACCACAAGGCACCCCAUCGUAGCUGGGAAUGCGAUGACAGACACAAGAACCUCUACAAAGAGGCGAUCAAGGUGCCAGACACGUUCUCUGACGAUUACAAGAACAGGGCCAAGGCGGCAAAAAUCGCACAGAUGCGCGUGGCAGAUGACCUGACGUACAAGGACCUCGGGCUAGUGCAGCCCGACGGUGGCAGUAGAAAGCUCGGUGAAUUGAUGUGGGAUGGUGCUCGAAAGAUCCCGAACAACCCACAUGGGCUCCGUCUCAUCGAUGCAGAUGACGGCACCAUCUUCACCUUUUCCAAUGAAAAGAAACUCGGAGAAUUCAAGUUUCAGCGAUACAUGCAGCGGUACCUACGAACCAUUCAGAGUAUAGACGACAGCGUCGGACGAAUGCUGGACUGGCUCGAGCGAACCGGCCAAGCGGACGACACAAUAGUCAUCUACACGUCGGACCAAGGCUUCUUCCUCGGAGAACACGGCUGGUUUGACAAACGCUUCAUGUAUGAAGAGAGCUUCCAGAUGCCCUUCAUGUGCCGAUAUCCACGCGAGAUCAAGCCUGGCAGCGUAAACAAUGACCUCGUCAAUAAUGUAGACUUUGCGCCCCUAUUCUUGGACUACGCCGGGGCUAGAAAGCCGAGUUACAUGCAAGGCCAGAGCUUCAGGAAGCUUCUGGCGGGCGAAACAAUCGAGAGGUGGAAGCAGGUCGCGUACCAUCGGUACUGGAUGCACAAUGAUAUUAUCCACGAAGCGUACGCACAUUAUGGCGUCAGAGAUCAGAGGUAUAAGCUGAUUUACUGGUACUGUGAGGAUUUGGGCGUGGAGGGUGCACGGCCUGGCGGUGAGGAGUGCAAGGAGUGGGAGUUGUUUGAUUGUCAAGAGGAUCCGUUGGAGUUAUUCAGCGUCUAUACCGAUCCAAGGUACCAGGAUAUUGUCGUUAUGAUGACGAGAUUACUGGAGGACAAAAUGGAUGAGAUUGGCGACGAACCAGUGCAUGUCUUGAACAGUCGGCAAAAGCCAACCAACUCAAAACUUUGA